AUGAGGUCCUACGGCGGCGGCUAUCCGGCACUCGUCGUGCUCGCGAUCGUGCUCACCCACAUGCACGGCACACUCGCCGUACGCGCCACAAGCAACCAGGCCAAUAGGAAGAGGAACGCUCAAUCGACAGUGACUGAUCAGGCAACAUCAGCUUCAUUCUGGAAUCCCACCCUCAAAACUGAUACUAUCUUCUCUCAGGAUACCAGCGCAACGUUCUUCCCUACAGCCCACGGUUUGGUGCAAACUCAUCCGACCAACAAUGUGUUCCGCAGCGGUUUCGGCGGUAUCGAUAACCUCGGUAGUCGAGGAGUGACGAUAAGACCGCCGAGGACGAGGCCUCUCGAUUAUAAUGAGCGCGCUACCGCUGAAUUACGCCGUAAUCCAUCGCUCUCAUCGCCCGAUGAGUGUGCUCGUGCCUGCCGUGAGAACGAGCCGCCCAGAAUAUGCUACUACCACUUCACGCUCGAGUAUUACACCGUGCUCGGAGCAGCGUGUCAAGUAUGUACACCAAAUGCAACCAACACCGUGUGGAGCGAGUGCCAGUGUGUUCUUGCGGACGGAGUGGAGCGCGGUAUUCUAACCGCAAACAGAAUGAUUCCUGGACCGAGCAUACAGGUGUGCCAGGGUGACAAAGUCGUUGUUGACGUAGAGAAUCACAUAGAAGGAAUGGAAGUCACACUGCACUGGCACGGCGUAUGGCAGAGAGGAUCGCAGUAUUAUGAUGGUGUGCCUUACGUGACGCAGUGUCCCAUUCAAGAGGGUAACACGUUCAGGUAUCAAUGGACAGCUGGCAAUGAAGGUACACACUUCUGGCAUGCUCACACCGGCAUGCAAAAGAUGGAUGGUCUCUACGGAAGCAUAGUGAUCCGACAGCCACCGAGCAGGGAUCCUAAUAGCAAUCUGUACGAUUACGAUUUAACCACCCAUGUAAUACUCAUCAGCGACUGGUUCCACGAGAGCGCUGCCGAACGUUUUCCAGGUCGUCUUGCAGUCAAUACCGGUCAAGCACCUGAAAGCGUGCUAAUUAAUGGGAAAGGACAAUUUAGGGAUCCUAAUACCGGUUUUAUGACAAACACACCUCUUGAAGUAUUCACAAUAACUCCAGGCCGUCGUUACCGAUUCCGAUUAAUAAAUUCAUAUGGAUCAGUAUGUCCGGCUCAAAUUACGGUCGAAGGUCACACUCUCACCGUUAUCGCUACCGAUGGUGAAGCUGUACAGCCAGCACAAGUGAACACUAUAAUCUCAUUCUCAGGUGAACGUUAUGAUUUCGUUAUAAAUGCCGAUCAGCCUCUCGGCGCUUAUUGGAUUCAACUUCGUUCGCUCGGAGAGUGUGGUAUUCCGCGAUCCCAACAACUUGCUAUUCUGCGAUACGCACGUGGUCCUUAUCAGCCUACUACUACACCACCAACGUAUGACUUUGGUCUUCCACAAGGCGUUGUUCUGAAUCCCUUGGAUGCCAUUUGCAACCGACCGCGCGAAGAUGCGAUUUGCGUGAGCCAACUGAAGAACGCCCGCCGCAUUGAUAAGGGUAUCCUCCAGCAACGCCCCGAUGUGAAGAUCUUCCUGCCGUUCCGCUUCCUGUUUUACAGACCGGAGGAGGUCUUCCAGCCGCAGACCUACAAUCGCUUCCUCGUUGCGCCGACCGGCGACCACGUGAUUUCUCUCGUCGACGAGAUCUCGUUUACGUUCCCGCCGGCGCCUCCACUCUCGCAGAUCGAUGACAUCCCGCCUGAACAAUUCUGCAACGGUGAUAACAGACCGGCUGAUUGCGGCGCCAACUGUAUGUGCACGCAUCAAGUCGACAUACCGCAUAAUGCGGUCGUCGAGGUGGUUCUCGUAGACGAAGUACAACAACCGAACCUGUCGCAUCCCUUCCAUUUGCACGGAUACGCCUUCAACAUAGUCGGUAUCGGUCGUUCUCCCGAUAAGAAUGUGAAGAAGAUCAAUUUGAAGCAUGCUCUCGAUCUCGAUAAGCGAGGUCUCCUACACAGACAGUUCAACCUGCCACCCGCUAAAGAUACUAUCGCCGUUCCCAACAACGGUUAUGUCAUCUUCCGCUUCCGCGCGGAUAAUCCCGGAUACUGGCUGUUCCAUUGCCAUUUCUUGUUCCACAUAUUGAUCGGUAUGAAUCUAAUCCUGCACGUGGGGACGCACGCGGAUCUGCCACCGAUACCACCAAACUUCCCGACCUGCGGUGAUCAUUUGCCGCCCAUUACGCCACCGCUGUCACUGAAUCCGUUCCACUGAUUGCACGAUCGCGAGCAACAAACUCAGACACUGAGGGAUGCUCCAAAGUCCAUAUGAUGUAGCAUAUUCCUGUAAAGUAGCGCGAGUAUGUAAUAAUUUUCUUUUUUUCAACUACGCAACCUCGCCGGCCGUUUUCGGCGCGGAACGGCGAUCGAUCAGGCGAGGAAUCUGGAUGUCGACCCGUUGCCUUACAAAAUCGGCUAGGAAGCGAGAACGACGGCGGAGGUAAAUUAGAUUCCGAGGAGGCUCGCGAGACAACGGGUUGACGAAGAAGCGUCGCGAAACGGCGGAACGUUCUCAGCGGCGAUAAUGACUCUACGUUGGCGGCAGUCUAUAAUUUAUUGUGUUCCAGACGCUUCACCCAUCACACUGUCGUUUAUACUGCAUGUCAUCUCUUGUUGUGCUUUCUCAUCGUGAAACCUGCACGAGGCAGAUUCACAUUUCAUUGCUGUAUAAUUCAGACAUAUACUUUAUACUUUGUUUUGCUGUAAAAUGUAAUAUCGUGGAACAUUUCCGGAAUAUAUUCUAGCAAUAUUCUAGAAUAAUUCUAGAAUAUAUUUACCGGAUCUUUUUUUUUUUAACGCUGUAACGCCUACGAUCAUCAAGAAUUGCAAAUUUUGAUGUGGUGAGUGAAGCAUCUCAGAUGAAAACGUACAAAUGUUACUAACGUUUGUAACGCUCUGUAAAUAAUGUAGAAAUAGUCACUACAUUUAACGAGAUAUUAAUGUGGGAGCAAUGGGGUAAAUAAUGUAAGAGAAAAAUCGCCGAAAAACUUUGCAUCUUGACGGCGAUCCGAGCGGUGAAUUAUUAUUAGAAUAACAUUCUUCCAGCAGACUGGAUCUGUACGAUCACCGAAUCCGCGAUUUUCGAAAUUAUUUGGGGAUUCUUCUAUAUCAGCUGAUAUCCAAAAAGAAUAUAGAUACACUUGUACGAAGAUAAAAAUAAUCUUUCAAUAUAAAAAUAUAAUAUUUAUUUAAAUUAGUCACAUUUAAUUUUCCAUUAACCAUGUUUUCAACUCUAAAUAUUCUUUUAUCUAUCAUUUUAAUCAUGUCUACGUCUUUUUCAUCAAAUGUUUCAUUUUAUUCUCUUUGUCUUUGACUUUGUCUUUGACUUUGUCUUUGUCUCUGAGGUCGAAGGAGAUAUGUUAAUAAAUUGGGGAAAGCACGCGAUGAUCAUUAGCGGUAGCGAGAAAUUUUCCUCAACAGAUCCAGACUUCUGAAACAACCUUUUAGCUAGAGAGUAAAUUCGCGCUGCGAGCAGUUUGAGUUCGCGCAUUUCAAUUUUGCUCUGUCAGCCAAAAAUUACACUAAAUCGAUAAAAGCGCUGGGAAUAAAAUUAGCGCGGUUACUGAAAUUUUAACAACCCGAUAUCGCAACGAUGUCGAAAUGGCGACCGUUGUUAAGUAUGACUAUCAUUCUUCUUGUGACUCACCAUCAACACGCAUUAAUACAUUAACACGCUAUUUAUUUUCUCUCUUCUGAUUUGCAUUAACUUUCGCAUCUAGCGCCCGCUUUAAAUUGAUAUAUCAAAGGCACUCUAAUGCAGGCUGACAUAUUACCGUGUACCGCCCUAAUACAUAGCUGUACGUUUAUUCAUGGUGCCUCCAUUUUUUAUGUAAAAUACUCUACGUAACUCACGUAUACGCAACUCACAAUUAACUCUUAAAUCAUCCGGAUGUACACAUAAAUACACUUACAGAGAUCAAUAUACUGAUACACAUUAUACAUAGAUACAAAGAGAUCAAAUCAUACACGCACACACAUUGUGCCUUAUUCCUGUAGAUACAUUCCUGUUUAUUUCGCUGAGGAUACUCAUCGGAAUAUAUAUUCAUCGAAACACGAAACACUCAGUAGCAUAAUCGUGAAACAAUCUGCUAGCGAAUUUAAUUCGAUGGCUUGAUACGAAAGAAAUACAACGCAAAAUAUUGAAUUUUUGCAACUAAAAACUUGCUUUUUUUUUACUUGCAAUCUUUUGACAUUAAGCCACCGAGUUAUGCGGAGCAGUCCGUUAAUUGUUAUUUUCUCAAGUCGACCGUUCCGUUUUCUCGUUUUAACAAAUCGAAACAAAUAUAAUUUAAAAAUCGUGCAAACCAAUACGAUUUCGCGAUAUGAGAGCGAAGUCGCAUUAAGAAUGUAACUUUAAUACUUACAAUUUUCAACGGUCGGCUUCGGAGACAGUGACAGUACGCCGAUCUGCUCGAGCAGACACGGAUAAUGGCUUUGUGGGAUAGCAAAUACACGCUACUUUUAAUACUCUUUUUACCUUUAAGUAAGAAUAAUUUACAAAAGAGGAGAAUGUGCCUGCCGUUUAAUUAAUUGUAGUACAAGCACGUCAAUUCUGCGCUUUCUUGUGAACAAACUUGAAAUUCAAUGGCUCGACAAUGAGGAACGAGAAUUAUUAAUAGAGAACGAUUUCAUCGACGAUUCAUUCAGCCAUGAUUCAUUCGCAGGCAAUGAGGAGUGCAAAAAUUUAAAUCGAGCUAAUUAUCUUCAGUUUGGAUCACUAUAUUUAUAUUAUUGCAUUAAAUCAAAUUGCAACAUCAAUAUAAGGAUAAAUAAUUAUAAAAAAUAAGAAACUUUAGCUACUUAAUAGCUAUUAUUUAAUUGUUAAAACAGUAAUUAUAUUAUUCGAAAACAUGUCAUUCAUGUCACAUAUUCCGAUGUCACAAUUGACUUGGUUUACAUUCACUCCGUCGCAUUUUUAGAAUAUAUUAAUCGGAUUCUUAAGGACAGCUAAACAGCUAUAUAUGCGUAAUUAAUUUUUGACAGUAUUAUAUAUAUAUCUAUCCUACUAGUUAAAAAUGUUCUUAAACUAUACACUUCAAAUAUUUUCAGAAUCUCGCAAAAGUUGUUUUGUACGUUUAAAGCAGUUUUCUAUUAUUUUUGUCAAAAAUAUUUUUUAUAAACAGUAACUUUUUGGUGAUAAAAUCCUGGAAUGGUCAUUUUGUUUCUUUACAUUGACGUAAGUAAAUCUAGUUCAGCUAUUUAGUUUGAGAAUUCUUGAUUUAUUAAAAUGUACUCGUUACAAUGCAGAGAUUUGAUUCUACCGUUAUUUUAUUAGUUUUACCGACCACUAUUAGAUUUAAUCGAGCAGGUACAUCAUUGUAAAUAUUGUAAUACUGAAGAUUUCCCAGUAUUCCUGUAGCUAGUAAUAUAUCAGUUCUCUUCCUCCUCUCCCAACUGUAUAAUUACUCUUGUAAUUAAUACCGUAUCGGCAGUUACCAUUCAAGAAAAUGAGUUUUCGUGUUUUAUAUAAAUAGAGUAUUUAAGCGAGAGUUAUACUCAUUUGCGCGUGGACGCAUGCACGUUUACUGCUGCGGGCCACUCGAUCUUUUAUUCUAAAAAAUAUAUUUUUAAUAAUAAAUCGUUUUUAAAAACACUGAUCUUUUUAUUUACCUUGCCGACAUCGACGUUAUUACUUCACUUAUAGGAAGCUUUAUAAAUUCAUCUCUCAAUCUUCAUAUAAAGGCUCCGGAGUUAUUUUGAUAUAAACGUCAUUCAACGUACACUUCGCGCAGUGGAUCAAAUGAGUAUAUUUUGCGAAGAUGUAAUGAUUCCCGCAUAGUUAUAAUUUACCUACUUAAACAAGAAGAUAAGCUAGAAGGUCACCGAGGUAGUUAGACACGAGAGAAGGAGAAAUUUCUCGAAAAAUAAAAACGCAAAUAAGAUGUAGUUCAUAAUAGGAAUUAUCGUCAUUAGUAUUAAUGACAGUCAUUUGACGGAUGCUCAUUCAGUACAUGUAGGCGGAGCAGCAUUAUUAUCAUAUUAUCGCAGAAAUUAUAAUGCCGAUAAAGAUACGCAUUAUGAUCGUUUAUUAUCUCCAGAAAAAAAUGGCAAAUUGGUUAAUCGCCAAGGUAAAUUCGUAAUUACAGAUAUAUGCACUAAUUCAAAUAAAAUUAAAAUAAAAACAAUAUGGAUGGAAAUGCAAAAGUUGUGAAAAGUUUUGUAAUUCGAUUAUUAUCAUUAUUAAAUAAUAAAGACAUACAGAAGAUACGACGUUCUAGAAAAAAAUUGCCAAUCGUAACGUUACGAUUUCGAUUUCCAUAUUAAAAACACCAGUAACAUUUUAAUUUCCAUUAUAAUAUUUAUAACGCAAUAAUGUUGUGUUAUUUCAGAUUCGAUAACGCAAUUUUCCGACCGUUUGUUUAUUAAAGGUGUUUGCCGACAGAAAUAAAAGCCACAUGUUUUAAGAUUAAUGAAUUUAUGUACAAAAAGCAUUUAACUAAUACAUAUAUCUUAAUUAGGAUCAAUAUUGCGCAGUUUUGUAAAUGCUAGUGUCUAUGCUUAUGACUAUUAUAUUAUGAUACAUAUACGCAGUCUAGCACGAGAAUCAUUUUACGAAUGAUAAGGCUAAAUGUAAAAAAAAAA